AUGUCUACUACAGGUGCCACCAUCAACACCACGACGGGUAACCACCCCGUGGACCCCUACAAGACCCAGAGCUUAGAAGACCCGCCUCUCCCUCAGAAGAUCGAAGAGCUGGUUAAAUUUAUCUCCGAUGUUAAAUUUGGCAUGUUGACAACCAAGCAGUCAGAGGGUGACUAUUUGGCUUCACGAUGUAUGGCACUAGCCGCAACGGAGCACGGCGGCGUUGACCUCAUUUUCCACACAAACCUCUUCUCCGGCAAGACAAUGGAUCUUACUGUACACCCAAAAGAGACAAAUAUGUCCUUCCUCGACCCUAUCAGCGGAGCCUGGGCCUCCAUCUCCGGUACUGCAUCAGUGAUCGGUGAUCCCGAAAUCGUGAAGAAGCACUACUCGCCCGGACUCAGAGCAUGGAUUGGCGAUAUGGGCGAUGGUGUGCACGAUGGCGGACCCUCAGAUCCCCGGAUUGGCGUCAUUAAGCUCGAGGCUAAGUUAGUCACGCAUGUUGUUCCCCACAGGGGCCUGCUUGGGCGUGCCUAUGAAAAUAUUAAGGGUGCCGUGGAGGGUACCGUUCCUAAUGUCAACGGCAUUCGAGAGAUGAGUUUGGAGGAAUUGGCCGAGUGGCGCGUGACGCAUCAGGAAUAA